GUAAACGAGCUCUCUCUGAGGGAGAGGAUUUCCCAUGGCUACAGCUUCCCCGCGAACACGACGCUAUCGUCGCAUCGCUGCUCUCAGAAAGGCAUACUUGAUGCCAGUAUCCUGCAAACAACGUGCUACACAGCCAGCAAGCGUGCUGGCGCCGGGCCCCUCGGCAUGUCGCAAAUGAGACCCUCACAAAGCCCAGCUGCUGCAAAGCACCCGCACACUGAGGGGCUUAUAAGCUCCGAGCACAUACCAGUUGCCUCAGAGCCGCUCGCCAACAGUACCGCAGAGCGCUCUCGCCUCCUCUUGGCCCAAAGCCCGCACGCGAACGCGACCGAAUUGCUAAGUGAUGUCCCCAUAACCAUGUGCCACACCGGCGCAAAUGCAUAUCGCCAGGAACAGAAGGGGAAUACUCAAAGUGCCUGCGUCAAAGAAACACUAUGGUGCCCGAGCUUCACACCGAACUUAUUCUGCCACCAGGGAUGCUAUCUAGUAUUAAAUGUCCACAGCACGAAAUCUGCAACCAGCACCGACACGCAAUGGGGGACAUGCAAGGAGGGCGCACCGAACUUAAGCGCAGACCUACCGCCUAGAGCCCGCUUUAGGCCCCACACAACAAUGAUACAUGAAAUAUAUCGUUCCUUCAUUCUAAAGAAACUAAAGCAAUUAAUCGGGACAGAAGCCACCGACAGACUAGGCCUUGGAAACACCAGCGUUCUUUUCACCGGAUCGCCCUCGGACAUCGAACGCAAAUACGCCCAUGUACUGGAAGAAGGAGCCACCCCGGUGGCGAGGGCGGCCGCUAGUCGGCUGCAAGGGCCUGGUGCUGUUGUGCUUUUUCGUGUUGCUUGGCGGCGUGGUUCGUGUCGGCUGUGUAUCCGGCUUCAAUAAUGUAGAUGGUGUCAUGUUCGCUGGGAAGCGCGACAAAGUCUGGGUUUAGGGCUGCGGCGAGGGAGAUUGAAGGAAUUAGUAGUAUGUCGGGGCGGUAGUGUAGGUGGCGUCCUGCUGGUUUGCCCUCCUGGUCGGGAAGCAGCCAUGGCGGCAGACGGUUGUCAGCUGCGUAGUCUGGCAGAUCGUCUUUAGACGUGGCGUCCAUUACCAUGUAGCAGCCGCCGCAGUCACCGCGGGAGAUGGCUCGUGCGAUGGUCUGGACUGCAAUGUUGUGUCGUUUAAUGUACAUUGCACGGAGUUGGGGGUUGUGGCAGCCUCCCAGUAUGUGGCCGCCGGAGUCGGGUCCGCGGCAGAGUGGGCAUGGGGCGGGGGUAUCAGGGCCAGCGCGGGGGGCUCGGCGGCCUGUAACUGUGCGGCCAAAGCGGGCUGCGAGUUUGUUGUUCCACAGUUGCCCGUAUAAGUAGUCCAUGCAGCGUUUGGCCUUGCGGUGCCGGCCUGAUUGCAGGUUCAGGGUUCGGGUGCUGGAUUUGAUAUCCAGGUCUGGGAUGGCGUUGGCUACGAAACCAGUGUAGAGGGUUUCGCGGGUGUGGCCUUGGGCGAUGUGCGGGGCUGCGAGCGUGGCGAUGCCGCGGUUGAGGUCAUGCGCGUAGUGUCCUUCGUUCUUCUCUCGUGGCACCCCUUCCACAGUCGGUUUGAUAGUUUUACGUAUCCAGUAGUAUUUACUACGCGGGUCGUUAUCGGACUCCUCGACCAGCCACUCGGCCCCGGGCAUCUCUUCUCCCUUGGCGGUUUUCACCGCCGCCUGAUCUGCGAGUUCAUUGUACGUAAUCCCUGAAUGUGCUUUGACCUUGAGGAGGUUUGUCCUUCGGCCGGCGUGGGAGCGGCGUUUCAGGAGCGCGAGGAUGUUAUCCAGCAGCGCUUUGUGUUUGCUGAAGGUAAGGAGUUGGGGCUGGUUGAUUGUUUUGCGGAUGAGGAAUAGCGACGCAGCGGAGUCGGUGUAAACUGUGAUUUCGGGGAGCGCUUGCACUUCGUCGAGCUUGAGCACUUGGUGUAUGGCCGAGAGCUCGCAUCUUGUUAUGGUGUUGCAGCCGUGUUGUCCAGGGUUGACGUCGAUCUGAUACGUUUGGGACGUGCGGGCAUCGAUCGCUGCGGCCCCCCACGCGCUGGGCUGACCAAGGGCGUCUUUCUGUACUGAGCCAUCGGUGUAGAAGCCUUCGCAGGGAUUGAGGCGUAGGGGUUGGGUGGCCGCGAACGGGGCCAGGGUGGCUGGCGUGGCCGGUACGGGAGGGGGUGUUACUCGGGGGGCUGCCGGGCGGGUGCGGGUCAUCCGGCGGACCUGUUUGGUUACCCACCGUGUGUGGGCCCAGGUGAGUUGGGGCUGCGGUUCGACGGGCAUGCCUGAGAGGUAUAGAGACGUGCCUAGGUCGUCGCGUAUGGACUGGGCAAGUCGGGCUCCGGGUGUAUUGCUGACCAGCACCAGGUCGUGUUUUAAGGUGAUGCCUGCGUCGUUGUGGAUCUGGCCGAGAAGGGCGUGUGUUGCUGUGGCGGAGAUGCUGCCAAGGAGUGUGACUCUGGGGUGGGCGAGGUAUCGUGUGUAUGGCGCGUUGCGUUGGGUGGGGAGGAUGAUCAGCGUGGCAGUGGUUGGCGGGUUGCGGGUGUUUGUAAGGGUUUCGGUGUGUUCGGCCCAUGCCAGUGCCCAUCGUACCGCGUGAGCUCCGUCUUCGGUGUUGGGUUCGGGGUAGGCGACAGCAAUUCCAUCCCAUGGCUGGGAGUACGCGUCAUAGUUGGCCCCAAAGAGCAUGUCUUCUUCAUACAGUGUGUAGUAGGUGGUGGCGGCUUCCGAGACGUUUAGGGGUGAUGCGAAGAGCUCUGUUGUGCUGCCUAUUGCUGUGUGCAGGGUUUGUGUCAAUCCGUCGCACAGAAUGCGUUCCCCUUUUUCGGUGACAGGGUGGGAUUUGGAGCCGCCCCCGGGUUUGUAUCGGAGGAGCAGGCGGGCGAUGGCCGCCGCAAAGCCUCUGCCCUGGUCGUAUUUGGCGUGCGCUUCGGGCCAGGUUGUUUGUGCAUGCUGGUAGCGUUGCCAGAGGAGGUUAAGCCGCUCGGCUCUGAUGGUGCCUAUGCACCGUCCGCGGGGGUCGUAUACAUGCGCCAUGUGAGUGCUGUGUGCCGUGGAGCCAGGGUCGGGGAGGAUACCGAGCUGGAUGGUGUAUGUUUGUGUGGGGCGGAUGUCUCGGCUGGGGUUGCAUGGCUCGACAUUGAUGUCGACGAAUUGGCGCAGAGUGCGUUGCCCUCGUGCGGUGUCGUUGCUGGCAUCUAUCCAUCGGCCCUGUCGCUGGUCAGGGUUUAGGUGUGUGUCGCUAGCGGGGGCCGGGGGGCGGGGGGCCGGGGGGACAGCAAGGCGGGCGUGCAGGGCGUCCAGGAGGUCCUGUUUGUUGUCUUGUGCCUCCAGGGUAGCGGCGGGUUCUUCCAGGUCUUCCCAUUCCACCAGGACGCGAGGUUCAUUACCCGGGGUAAGGAGCCAGGUAAGGCCGCCGGGUUUGGGGCGGUAGCGGUUCCGGGCGUAGAGGGUGAGGGAGCCGGGGGUGAUGACGGUGGGUUCCCACUGGACGCGGUAGUGAGGCGAACCUUUGCUGGUGGUGCGGGCUAUUACGUGCUGCACCCGCUCCUGGUGUCCAUACAGGGUGUUGUUGGUGGUGAGGGCUUUGGUGCGGUAGGUUUCGCUGAAGUGCUUCCAGGUGUCGGACGUGGCGGCCAGGUACGCGUCUUGCUCCUCCUGGUUGAGCUUGUGUCGGUGUGUGAAAGUGGUUGGGGGCGUGGGGCCCAGAAGUAGGUGUCUGAGGUGUGAUUCGGGGUUGGGGGGCUUGGAUCGGCCGAUGAGGCUGGGGGCGAUGUCGAGCAGGUCUGCGCAGUGUGCGUCGGUAAGUGGGUCAAGCGCGGGGUCCCAGUCGAACGCUU